AUGGUCUACGGAUCAAUGGGUCACUUUUUGCGCAAAUUCAAACGAAAAAAGGGUAUUGAUGGAGUUGCUGAAGAUGGAUACGUUCCUCCGAAGCCGGCUUACCUUUGGCAACGGCGAAGACGGCAGGAAGAAAGGAUGGAUAACGAAAAAAAGGAACAGGUCACACAGAUCAAAAUCAAUCCCUGGUUCCAAUUGUGUUCCAGCCUUCAAAAUCAGACGGCCAUGGCACUCUUUUCUUUUCCUGGAGACGUUCAGGCUGGAGAAUUGGAGGCUUGGGAGGGCGACCCGCUCACAAUUGAGUCCGUUGACCGAACGGAAGUUUGGUGGCAAGCCGUCAACAUGAGAACGGGGAAGUCCGGCUUUAUUCCGUGGAACUACAUUACCGAGGAGACCGGUGUAAAGGAUGUCGUUGACGCCUGGCAUGAGAUUGAUCGUCGAGAAAGUGAGAUUAAACUUACCAUGCCUGAUCUACCGAAUGGCACCUAUAUACUUCGCCCCAAUCCUCUUCGAAUCGCCCUAUCAGUCCUUUGCAUAGUCGGCAGCGCGAAAAUCAUCAAACACUUCAGUGUGAGAUACGAUAACAGUCUCAGCGGUUACUUCAUUACGCCGGGAAAGAGAUUUACCCAACUGAAAGAUCUUACGGAUUAUUACAAAGUUUCUCACGGUGGAAACGUCCCGCUUUUGUCUUCUUCAAUGCCUCAUAGUCCGCCACCAAUUCAGUCCAGAAAUUUGCGAAUUCCCUUGGAGAAAUUGGAAAUGAAAACGCAUAUCGCCCGUGGUGGGCGCUUUGGCUCUGUCUACAGGGCCGUCUGCACCACCUCCGGGAAGCGAAGCGUGGUGGUGAAAAAGAUUUCGGGACAUAUGGGGAGAGGCGCAGUUGUCGCUAGGGCCGAAGCGUGUCAUAAGCUCCACAAUCGCGCUAUUGUCCAAUUUAUCGGCCUCUGCGAGGCUCCUAAAUCUGGACUUAUGCUCCUCGUUUGGGAGUACAUGCCUGGCGGUAACUUGAGAGACUUCUUGAUCAAAAACAAGACCACUGCUGACUACAUCAGACUUCAGCACUGGCUUCACCAGGCAAUGCAAUGCUAUCGUUUUAUUGAAUAUGCGUUUUUCAAUUUCGAGAAAAUUCUGGACGGAAUGGACUACCUUGAAGGCGUGGAGGCUUUCCACGGUGAACUGACUGCCUCCAACGUCUUUCUUUCCUUUGAACUAUGCGCCAAAAUAGGGAACUUUGGCUUUAAUGGGCGAUUUAGUAAAUUCAUCAGUGACGCCUUUGAUCAACACAUUGGGCAGAUGUCAACGGGGGAGACGAAGUCACCACAGGUAGAAACUAAGGUAAUGCCUUGGGAAAUUAUGUCAUUUCGGAAACGCGAAAGACAACACAAGGAUAUGGUAGUGAAGUCCGCCUUCAGGGGCGCCAAAUUUGUUCCUACUACUUCUCCCUUUUUUAUCGUCUUUGUCGUCCCCUUGGGCCGUCACCUCAUCGUUAAUAUAGGACUCAAAUUAUUAUCUCUCCCUAUCGGAUGGACAAUUGAUGUGAUAAUGGGGACUUUAAAUGAAUUGAAUACUGCGGCAGUUCCUGUAUCACUGAUGUCAACUUCAAUAUCUUCGUUAGCAGACGAAACGAAGAGGAUUGGCAGUAUUUUGAAUCGAGAAAUGUCAGAGCUUCCUGAAAAACUGAUUUUUCACGAGCCCAAUCCAGGGAAAAAUGAUUUCUCAAACAAUCUUGCAGAGACGCAGGCUGUGAGGUGGGCGGCGCCGGAAUCUUUGGAUUCCUCUCAUGUCUUCGACAUUCGUUGCGACAUCUGGUCCUUUGGGGUUGUUAUGUUCGAGGUCUUUACACUUGGCUCGACGCCCUAUAAAGAUAUGGACGUGGAGGAGGUUGUGGAGCGGGUAAAGGCGGGUUACCGGUUGCCGAACCCAACCAGUCUGGGAUUCUACUGCGAAGAAGUGAUGUACGAGACGAUGAAGAACUGUUGGAACACUGAUUCUACUGAUCGUCCUACCUUUCACGAGCUCUGGUUUGUCUUCGAAGACCAUUUGGCGAAGGAUGGCGAUGUCUACGCGGAGAUCGAAUGA